GAUACUAUCGUUUUUAUUCCAUACCUACACCGACGAAAAACAACUUACACAGAACAAGCAACAUGUCGCACAAGGUGGAACUUUUGAAACGUGCUCUCGAGAACCAAGUCCUGAAGUUCGGUGAGUUUACACUGAAGUCCGGCAGAAAGUCGCCCUACUUCUUCAACUCGGGUCUGUUCACCACCGGUGCCGACUUGAAUGCUUUGGGUGCGGCGUAUGCCAAGGCCAUCGUCGACAUGGGUGUCGAGUUCGAUGUUCUGUUCGGUCCCGCCUACAAGGGUAUUCCCUUGGGUGCCGUUACCGCCGCCAAAUUGUACGAGUUGACUGGUAAGAACUACGGUUUCUGCUACAACCGUAAGGAGGCCAAGUCUCACGGUGAGGGUGGAAACCUUGUGGGUGCCGACGUUACGAACAAGCGAGUCAUAAUUUUGGACGAUGUUAUUACGGCAGGCACCGCUAUUCGUGAGGCCAUCUCCUUUUUGACCCCUAAGAACGUCAAACUCAGUGGUAUCGUCCUUCUCCUUGACCGUCAAGAGCGUCUCAAGCCCGAGGUGAACGAGAGCACCAUCACCAAGCUUGUUGCUGAGCUUCAAGUUCCCAUCACCUCUAUCCUCACUCUUGAUGACAUCGUCGAGUUCACCAAGAACGAGCUUUCGGCUCAAGAGAACCAAGCUAUGGAUGCUUACCGUGCCAAGUACCAAGCUAAGUAGACCUGGCACUGAGGAUACUGGUUGAUUGACUACUUGUUGUUCUAUUGUUACUUUUUUUUUUGCUGUUCUAGUGAACGAAUAUCCAGAAAAAACUCGUAUCGCCUUGUAGGGGAAUGUUAGUAUGAAAGUGUGAGUAGUUGUAAAGGGACAUUCAUCGCCACUAAACCUCAGUUAGGC